AACAAAGGACAAUCGGUGAAGAAACCUAACCGGCUAUUAUAUUAUAUAGCCAUUAUAUAUGAUACGUUACCGAACCCAUCUGCAAGAAAUGGCCAAUUAGUUGCUUUUGGAUAAAUCAACGUUAAGAUAAACGCCAUGAACUUUGCACGUCUGGGAAUCGAGCAAGUGCUCUUGCGAGGACUUAGAACUCCUCGCCAGCAGCUCCAGGCGCAGUGGAUGACGAACCGGCGAAGGUGGCUGGCUAGUGAAGCCAUUUCUACGUCUCCGACAACAGCACCCGCUUCUCCUACACCAACUGUUCCCAGAAAACAAGCUCAGGUUCAGGUGAAACCAAUGCCGAUGGCCGAGGAGCGCCUAGAAUCCAUACUAUCGCCCAUUCGCACCAGAAUCAUUCGGAAGAAGCGAUUGGCCAUCGAUGAACUGUCCGCUCUGGGCUUCCUCAAUACCCGUGGCUUUACGACUGCCGAAGAGUACAACCUAGAAGAUCUGCAAAUAGCGCUUCGUGAACAGAAUCUGUAUGAAACAAAGCGUUUCUUUUCCACAGACAAUCUGGAUAUGGAGCAGAACGUUCUCUUUGUGGCAGCGAAAUAUCCGACGGGACAGCAGCCACGAGAGAUAUUCUUUUUCCGCGAGGGUUCGGUGGUCUUUUGGAACUGCAGCGACAUCGAGACAAACAAUGUGCUGAGUUUCCUGCGCUCUUUCGAAAGGGAAUCGUAUGUGAGUGCCUUGGUUCACGGGGAGAGCGAAGUGAUGCCGUACACCUAUAUACCAUCGACUGCGGUGGAUGUGGAGGGCGAUCUGGUGGCUGAAAGCAGUGAUUUUAAUGUGACGUCGCGUGCCUUCUUUCAGAAUGGCAAGUUUUUUGUCACCGCCGAUACAGAUAGUUUUUUGUACAAGUACACAUUCUCCAAUGCAAUGGCGCAGUCGAUCAAGUUAGGCAUUUGGGAGGCCACACUGGAUCGGUAUAUAGAUUCCAUAGAGCAUCUUACCGAAGAUCUGAAGCGGGGCCGCCGACUGAAGAUCUCACGGGCGGCCAUGCUUCGCAAAACUGGCGAACUCUUUGCAUUGCGUCAUGUGAUCAACCUAUCGUCGGACCUUUUAGAUGCCCCCGAUUUCUAUUGGGAUCGAGAGGAACUGGAGGCACUUUACCUGCAGGUGUGCUCCUACUUUAGUAUAACUCGUCGCACCAAAGUGAUGAACGAGAAGAUCAACCAUUGUGUGGAACUGGCCGAACUGGUUUCGCACAACCUUAACGAUGCCCAUCACAUCCGUUUGGAGUGGAUGAUCAUUAUCCUAAUCAUGGUGGAGGUGGGUUUUGAGGUACUGCACUUCGUCAGAGAUCACAGUGAUUCCCACAAGCUUGAGGUUCUGCCCUUGGCAGCUCCUACCUCCUCAAUUUCCAAAUAACAUGUAAGCCUAGUUGAGGAGUUUUGUAAUAUAUUCAUGUUUGGCCCAAAUAUAAUAUUGUUAGCGUUUGAUUCUGGAAAACUCA